AGCAGAUCAGCAUGCUCGAGAAGUUUGAUCUCAGAUACGCACUACAAUUCUGUGCCUAUUUCGCUCUUCUACCUUGCGGCAUGGGUGACGUUUCGCUUGUUUCCCGUGCUAAUAGGAACCGGCGGUGUCGAGUAUUUCAUUAUAAUUUCAAUGAGUGUGACGGUGAAUUCAUCUGCUAACGCCUUCGUUUACAUCACUUCAAAUGAAGAGGUGAAAUCAGUACUGUCUUCGAGGAAUCUCAGCAGCACAGUGCUUCAUACAAUCUUUCUAAACUAUAAGCAGCUGCAGUGGUUCAAAAGGGGUGACACUCUAGUAGUUGAUCCCGAAUCACAAUGCUAUUUGUCACUUCCCCAACUUCUGUUCCGAAUUCUUCAAAUGCGA